AUGACUAGUUCAGAAUUAACUAAUGACCAAGUCAUAGAUCUUAUAUCGGAUUAUAAGAAUUUUAAAAUAAUCGUGGAAGCCGUGUCUGAAGGCGAUAGAAGAAGAAGUCCUACUGGCCGCGAUAAUAACAGCGAUCUCUCGAAAAUAUCGAAUGUACAAUUUUGGCAACUGGCGACAGAUGUAAACAAUGAGUUGAUGAAGAGAUUGACCAACUCGAAGAUCCACGAAUCACAUAAUGAAAAUAAUCUGAAAAGAGGCGAAGCACAAUCUAAACUAUCUUGUUUGAACGAUUCAAGGUUCCAUAAUUUAAUCUUUGACUUAUUCAUGGAAAUUGAAAAGAGAAAUUUACAUAAUUUGGACACGGUGACUCAUGCCAAUACUCUGGAUAAGGGUGCUCUCAAUUUUUAUUUAACUGAUUCAUUGUUUGAAUCUAUCAACAUUAGCGAUGACUUCGUGACUGCAGAUGGUAUCAUACCGAUAGAAGCCUUCCAAGAGUUACGAUCUCAAUUUGUGCUUUAUUUUCAAAAUACGCUACAUCGAAAUCAUGCUGCGAAUGCCAUCGGACGUCUACCAAUUCUUCUAGAAAUCAUAUUCAGGAUAGCGGAUCUGAUAGGCGAACUCUUACCUCUUUUGUCGUCGCCUUCACAAUAUGAUUCUCUAGAAAAGGAAAUCAUUUACUUGAAGAGCGCUUUAUCUCAUUCGAUUACUUCAACAAGAUAUUACCUUAUUUACGGUGAUCUGAUACCACGAGUCGUGAUCCAAUCGUCAAUUUCAGAGGUAAUUUUUGCGUUUUGUAAUAUCGCUCAGAUUGCUAAGAUUAAAUCCACUGAACCAUCCGAAGAUACAUUGCUGGAUGAGAUGGAACCAGAUGAUACAGAAAUAGCGAUAAAGCCACUGAAAAUUAUAGAAAAAGUAAAAAAUAAGCAAAACGAUAAAAAUAAAGUACUUUUGGGGAACAGUGCCACUUCCCCUGAUAGUUUGUCAUCUUUCGACAAAGCCAACAGGGUAGUAUUGAGCACUUCAAAGGAGUCACCGGCAGUUGAGGUAUCGCCCUCAAUUUGUAACAUUGAAACCCUUGAUGCACUUGUCAAAAAAAGUGAACUGUUACAAAGUAAUGCAUCGAGAGAUUUGUCGUUUUUCAAUGAAAAGACAGAUACAAAUUCUCCAACAGCCAAAAAUAAGCCAUCUUCGCGAGAUCCUUCAGCUCUGAAAGCUACAUCAAUCUUGGAUAGUUCAGUUUCUCAAAACAAGGUGUCGACGCCGACUAGUAAUUUUCGGAAGGAUUACCAUUUAUCACCGCUGCAUUUAAAAAAAGCUGCACAUGAUUUUGAUACGUCUUCCUCUGAAAAGUUCAAGUCGUAUACAAAUACGUCAGAUUCUUCAAGUGUACCUGAAUCGCCGACUGCAGUCAAAGUGAGAACGUUCAAAGAAAAAGUGAAGCAAUUCGGCUCUAAUUAUGGCCUUGGCUUAAGAAUUUCUACUUCGGGGGAAGACGUCAAGAAUUCAGAAACUAAGCCAAAUACGAACAUGAUUAGCAUGAAUGACUUUCUUGAAUUUGUCGAAAGUAGAACAACAGUUGUCGUUCCUAUGGUGCAGGACAUUUUAAGUGGUAUUCAGGAUCCAAAAUCCAAGACCUUCAAAACCGCAAGAUCGAUUCCAAGACUUCGCCAAGAUUCCAUUAAGAUUACGCCCAUACUUAAGUCGAUGAUCGGCGUCACUUCCAAGGUAUUGGCCCAAGAGAAUUCUAAGCCGUAUUUGAGCGAGCAAGGUAAAUGGAUUGUUGAAAAUCUCACGGAUUGUUUGCGAAGGCUAUCGGCAUUGUGUGCUUAUGGACGCAACUUUGUAAAUUUCAGCGAUAAGCAGUUUUAUCGAAAACUAGCGAGUAUUCUGUUUGAUGUGAUUAAAUGUACCGAAGAACUGGUCAAAUGCGUGAAAUUUGUGAAUGAACAAACUGCUCCAUAG